AUGGACUUGGAAAAUUCCAUUUAUGGCUACCUUCAUGAAGGAGGGGAGAUUGUACCUAAGGAGGAUAAACAAAUACAAUACAAGGGUGGACAACAAAAAGGCAUGUAUAUUGGACAAAGGAUGUCAUAUGCUGAAUUUGUUUCAAAGGCAUGUGAACGGUUGAAUAUUAAUUCAAAUGGAUAUACAUUUCAUUACACCCUUGAGUUUGAUCCAUCUGCACUUCAACAGUUGGAUGAUGAUGAGGACAUGCAUAUGAUGUUAUCCCAUAGUUAUGAUUAUGCUCGUAUUUAUGUAUUAAAACGGACUCGAAGAGUAGAAGUUGAAGGAGAUGUUGAGUGUUCAAGCCAACCUUCAAUGCGGGGAAGGAGAGGUGCUCAUGUCAUAGAGCAAGUAAUAAGGGCAACCCCUCAGUAUUUGCCCCGUCAAAUUUGCAAAGACUUCAGGAGUCGGCAUGGUGUUUCAUUGAGUUAUAAGCAAGCUUGGACAUACAAAGAAAUGGCAAAAGAGAGAAUAUAUGGUCUUCCAGAAAACUCAUAUAUGUUGUUGCCAUGGUUAUGUCAGAGAUUGGUAGACAUUAAUCCAGGGACGAUUGUUGAAUAUAGCACACAAGAUGGGCAUUUUUGGCAAUUGUUCAUUGCACAUUCUUUUUCAAUUCAAGGGUUUUUAAUGGGUUGUCGACCUGUUAUUGCAAUUGACUCAACUCAUUUGAUUGGACCGUAUAGGGGCUCUUUAUUUUCUGCAACAGCUUAUGAUGCUGAUGAUUGCAUGUUCCCAAUUGAAUUUGGUGUUGUAAGUUCAGAAAACUAUGAGGAUUGGCUAUGGUUUUUGCAAAAAUUGAAGGGCAUACUUCAAGAUAAAGAGGUAGUCAUAAUAUCAGAUAGGCAUCAAGCAAUCCUUCGUAGUGUUUCUCAACUUUUUGGAGUAGAAAAUCAUGCAUAUUGUUAUCGUCAUGUGAAAGAGAAUUUUAGUAGCUAUCUGACGAAACAUAGUAUGAAGGGAAAAAAAUGUAAAAUGGAUGCAUUGUUGCUACUUGAUAAUGUUGCGUAUGCUAGGUUGGAUGAUGAUUAUGUUGUAGCCAUGGAAAAAUUAAAGACAUAUAACAGUGACCUAGCGAAGUGGGUUGAAGAGAACAGUCCACAACAUUGGGCAAUGUCAAAGUUUGCCAAAAAACGAUGGGAUAAGAUGACAACUAAUCUUGCUGAAUCAUUCAAUGCUUGGCUGAAGGAGGAACGUCAUUACACAAUUUUCAACUUAGUAAUGACACAUAUGGAUAAGUUUGCUCAUCUAGCAUGUGAUCAUAUGGGUUCUACAGAAAAUUGGAAAGCUGCAAUUAGCCCAAAGACCGAGGAAAAGUUGUUGGAAAACAUUAUAAAGAGUGGGUCAUUGCCUGUAUAUCCCUAUGUUGGUGGUGUGUUUAAGGUAUUCAAUAUGAAAGUAUAUGUAGACGUGAAUUUGAGAGAGCGUACAUGUACUUGUAAGGCUUGGCAAAUGGCCGGAAUACCUUGUGAGCAUGCAUGUGCAGCAAUACGCCAGAUGAAACAAGAUGUUUAUGAAUAUGUUGAGUCAUAUUUCAAGCUUCCAAUGCAAGAGUUGAUAUAUUCUGGACACUUCAAUUCAAUUCCAAAUCACAAUAUGCCUAUAGUUGAUGCUGAUGGAUGUGUUUGUGAUGCUCAAGGUCGCUUAUAUCCUUCGCUUAAACCUCCAUCCUCAAAACGACCACCUGGAAGGCCUCGACACCGUCAAAUAGAGUCGCAAUUUAGUUCAAAAAGGUUUAUCUUCUGUUCACGAUGUCAAGUUGCAGGCCAUAAUCGAGCUUCAUGCAAAAAUCCAUUACCCGCUCCAUGA